UUCCUUUUUCCUCUUCCCAGGACCGUAUCUAGAGGCAUUCAGAAUGGUCCAGCGUUUGACAUACCGUCGUAGGCUGUCCUACAAUACAGCCUCUAACAAAACUAGGCUGUCCCAAACCCCUGGUAAUAGAAUUGUUUACCUUUAUACCAAGAAAGUUGGGAAAGCACCAAAAUCUGCAUGUGGCAUGUACCCAUGCCGACUUCGAGGAGUUCACUCUGUGAGACCUGAAGUUCUUAUGAGACUGUCUGAAACAAAAAAACAUGUCAGCCGGGCUUAUCGUGGUUCCAUGUAUGUUAAAUGUGUCCGUGACAGGAUCAGGCGUGCUUUCCUUAUUAAGGAGCAGAAAAUCGUUGUGAAAGUAUUGAAAGCACAAGCACAGAGUCAAAAAGCUAAAUUUAAAAAAUGAAGCUUUUUUGAGUAAAAAAAAAAA